AUGGCUUCUCUUCACAGCUCUCUGCUUCAACAUCCUUUUGCCCUUUCCUCUCUGACUCUGCUACUUUUUCUCAUUUCCCUUCCACCAUCCAUCCUUUCACAAGACCCCAGCUCCUCAAGCCCUACCAUUGCUCAAUGCACCACACGGCUUCUUCCACUGGCCUCGUGUGCAUCGUUUGUGCAAGGCACUUCCCAAUCUCCGGCACAAUCAUGUUGUGACAACCUCAAGCUGCUCUAUAGCCAGCAGCCAGACUGCCUUUGCCUUUUGCUCAAUAGCACUACUUUGAGCUCCUUCCCUAUCAACACCACACGUGCUCUUCAGCUGCCUGCUCUCUGCAGCCUUCAAGUUGACAUCUCUGCUUGUUCAGGGGUACAUGUGCCUCCUAGCACACCUAGUUCUCAAGUUUCCUUUGGGACAAACACCAACUCAACUGCUGUUAACUCUACAAUUGCUGCCUCUCCAAUGCCUCUAAAUGCACCAAGACCCAGCAUGAUGGGGUUAGGAUUUGGCAGAACUUCAAGUGCUGGCACCAAAUUGAAGAUGGGCAGUUACCUCACGGUGGCGGCGCUGGCUAUGAGAGGUUUUCUAGUGUCUGGAGUUCUAUUUUCAGUAUGAUCAUACCAGCAUACGGGAGUUCUAUUUUCUGUGGAUGGGUUUUUUAU